UCUCUCUCUCCCUCUCUGUCUUUCUGUCUCUCUUCUUCUGUUUCUCUAUGAUUCAGUCUUUCAUUCUCUGGAAUAAAAAGGAUGGCAGGUCUGAAGUGCUAACAGGAGAUUUAAUGUACAGAAGUGUUUCUAGCCAUUCAGUGGUGCAGGCAUUGUUUUUUUCCCUCCUUUAGCUUUCUUCCUCAGUUUUGGACAUGACAGGAUUAAGAAGGAUAAUGACCAUUUUCAUGGUGGCUGGCUGCUUUAUAACUCCUGGGAAGACACAGCAACAGUGCUCAAAUGGGUUUGAAUUUGAUCGUGCCUCAGGCAGAUGCUUAGAUAUUGACGAAUGUCGGACUAUCACCGAAGCCUGUAGAGGAGAUAUGGUGUGUGUUAACCAGCAUGGUGGCUACCUAUGUGCUCCACGAACGGAUACUGUUUAUCGGUCACCAAUUAUGAAUCCUUAUGCAGCCAGUUUAUAUCCACCACCUCAAGCUCCAGCUGCAAAUUAUCCUGCUGCUGCCGCAAGAGCUCCUGUCAUGUGUCGAUUUGGUUAUCAAAUGAAUGAAAACAACCAGUGUGUGGAUAUUGAUGAAUGUGCAUCUGAAACACAUCAGUGCAACCCCACCCAAAUCUGCAUCAACACUGAAGGAGGAUACACUUGCUCCUGCACUGAAGGUUACUGGCUUUUAGAAGGCCAGUGCUUAGAUAUAGAUGAGUGUCGCUUUGGUUACUGUCACCAGCUAUGUGCCAAUGUACCAGGCUCCUACUCCUGUACGUGUAAUCCAGGAUUCAUCUUGAAUGAAGAUGGAAGGUCAUGUCAAGAUGUGAAUGAAUGUACAACAAGCAAUCCUUGUGUACAAAACUGUGUGAACACCUAUGGCUCUUUCCUUUGCCGUUGUGACCCUGGAUAUGAAUUGGAAGCUGAUGGAAUCAGUUGUACUGAUAUGGACGAAUGCAGCUUUUCAGAAUUUCUAUGUCAGCACGAAUGUGUCAAUCAGCCAGGCAGUUAUUACUGCUUCUGCCCUGCUGGUUACGUCCUUCUUGAUGAUACCCGAUGCCAGGAUGUUAAUGAAUGUGAGGUUGGAAACCACACUUGUACCUUGCAGCAAACUUGUUUCAAUAUCCAAGGAGGAUUCAAAUGCCUAGACCCAGUAAGAUGUGAGGAUCCCUAUAUCUUGAUCAGUGAAAACCACUGUAUGUGUCCAGCUGAAAAUCCUGGUUGCAGAGACCAGCCAUUCACCAUUUUGUAUAGAGACAUGGAUGUAUCAGGACGCACAGUGCCCUCUGAUAUAUUUCAAAUGCAAGCCACGUCCCGCUAUCCUGGUGCUUAUUACAUCUUCCAGAUCAAGUCAGGAAAUGAAGGCAGAGAAUUCUACAUGCGGCAAACUGGACCUAUCAGUGCCACUCUAGUGAUGACUCGUCCUCUGAAGGGGCCACGUGAAAUUCUGUUGGACCUGGAGAUGAUCACUGUUAACACUGUCAUCAACUUCAGAGGAAGUUCUGUCAUUCGACUGAGGAUAUAUGUGUCACAAUAUCCAUUCUAACCUUCAACUUUCAUUGCUUCCUUUUAAAAGAACAUUAUCUUUUGGAAAGAACAUUAACUGUUUUCUGUCAAAACGUUUUUCUCAGGAGUCAGUGCUUCUAAUAACUCAACAUGAAAUCAGUAUUAAAAAGUUCUCACCCUGGCUCAUGUUCCACUAAGGGGCCAAGCGUUAUGGUUUAAAGCUGUUUGAGCUCUGCAUUAUCAGUGGAUUCCAUAAGCAUUUCUCAUUGAUCACAUGUUUCGAACGAUCUUUGGCUUGCUUUACAAACAUCUUGCAAGUUGUUAUUAUUAGCUUUCGAAACUCUGAAACUCUCCAUCUUUGUAAUGGCAUUACUGCUCAGUAAAGGUACCAGAGAAACCACAGGAAAAUAACCUAAUUUUGGCUGUUCUGCUCUUGUCUUCCAUUUUGAAAAAGAAGGUAGAAAACAAGCAACAAACUAUCUGUACAAUUGGGGGAACACUGCCAUUGUAGCAAAAAUAUAUGUGGAACCACCAAUUCUGAACCUUUGAAUGGGAUCUCAAUGGGGAACAGUCUUGUACUGGUCUUCUUUUGAUUUUUCCUAAUGAAAAUAUUUUCCUUCCAUUUAAGGAAAUGGAAUCUCUACUGGGUUCUCUACUGCAUGGAAUCUUUGACAAGGAUCUGUGGAACCAUGUAGUUAAUGAACUCACCCAGAGAACUUCAUGUUUUUGCUUCUUGAACAGCCCUUGCCUAUGACAUAUGGCAACCUCUUCUCAAAACUGAGAUGACUUGAAAAACAGCUUUCAACAUGGCAUCAACAUCUGUUGUUGAAAAUUUAAAAGUGAAAAAAGCACCCAGCAUUUUCACAUUAAUUAGACAUAAAGGAGUUCUUUGGAUCUUACUCUUAAGAAUAAUUGGUUUUUAAGAAAGAAGAGAGAGGAGAAAAGAGAUCACUGGCUGGUAAAUGUUAACAUAUUUAUUGUAAAAUAUAUAGGGCUUGAUAAUCCAUUUAUAUUUCUGGGUUUCAUAUCACCAGCUACAAGGCAGCCUGCAAUUAGAUAAUGACUGGCAUUAUAGAGCAUAACAACAAGCACAUGGUCACAUUUCAACAUUUUUAGAGUUAAACUAGAUUAUAUGCUUAGUAUGUUUGUGGAAGAGUACAGUAUUUCCUCAAGUGAUGAAAGAUGUCUCUUUGUUACAGCUCUUGACCUUUGUCAUCUAUGUAUCUUGCAUUUAGUGUCCAUACGUCUCUGUGACAAUUCUGUUAGAGAUGAGUAAAUGCAUUCCUUGUAGAGAAUACACAUUUCCCUUGAUGUUUAGUUUGACCCUUAGGCAUAAUCUGCUUGCUGAACACUUGGAAGUGUCUUUGUUUUCUUCUGUGAGUAGAGAAAGAGAUUCUAUGGGAACAGCAUAGCUUGGUGCUAAAGCACAUGCGAAGUACACAUAAGGUCUGAGUACAGUUUCCAGCAUCUCCAGUUAAGCAGGAGAAGGGAACCUUUGGCUUGAUGUUUUGAAUGAUGUCACUCAUACUCUUUACUAUCUGCUUUGCUUGUGGGGUCUGAUCAGAGUUGCAAGUCAAAACUUCUGAAAGGCCAAAGGAUCUCCACCUUUGGGUUACAAGAUCUCAGGAAGUCAACUGGAGAGGAUCUCUGUCUAGUAACUAAAAAAGCUGCUACCAGCAGGAGUAGACAAGGCUGUGCUUGAUAGACCAAUAGUAUAAUCUAGCAUAGGGUAGCUUAAUACGCUGAUCCUAUAAGAAUUAAAUCAUGUGAACUAGCUACAUAUUUCCUAUGACUUCCCUCUAUCUGUAUAUGCAUCCCAAAUGGCUGGAUAUUACAGCCACAAAUAGGAUCAAGCUCAAUAGCACCAUACACAAAGUUCAUGCUCAAAGUAGCCAUUAUGUAAGAUGAUGUUUAUUUGUUUUGAGAACUUUUACAUUUUGAAUAUCCCAAGGUAGAAAUAUUUUUCUCCUGCUUCUAUUAAAUUAAAUUGCAAUUGUUCUUGAACUGCCAUAGGAUUUAUAUAAUGUGAACUAGCUACAUAUAACCUACAGCUGGUUUCCAUCUGAAUAUGCAUCCAAAGUGGCUGGAUUUCUAUUACUGCACAGUAGACAACUUACCCAGUGCUCAAACCAAUUAAAAUGUGAUGAAGAUUUUGAUUUUCCUGGGAUUUAUGAAGAAUAUAGUUGUCAUUCUGUGCAUGCAUGGGAAACCUAUUAACAGGAUAUUCUCUCUCUCUCUCUCUCUCUCUCUCUCUCUC